AUGGGUCGACAUCGUUCACGUUCAGAUUCUCGUUCACGUUCUCGUUCGAUGUCUUCGAGUUCAUCUGGACGUGGUGUACAAUCAUCUAAUUGGGAUGGUGAAGCAGGUUAUCGUGUUCAUAUAUCAGAUUUAGCUGCUGGCAUUUCACGUAAAGAAAUCGAACGGGUAUUUACUAAAUAUGGAAUUAUUAAUGAGGUAUGGGUAGCAACUAAUCCACCUUGUUUUGCAUUUGUUAAUUUUAAACAUCGAUCUGAUGCUGAUAAAGCCAUUCGAGAAGUUGAUGGAAAAAUUAUUGGUUCAACUCGUGUCGGUGUAAGUUGGGCACGUACACGUACAUUUGGUGGUCGAAAUCGUGGUGGUCGUGGUUAUCCAUAUAGUUCAUAUCGAAGUAGUGGUAGUCGACGACGAUCAAGAAGUCGUUCGAGAAGUAAUUCACGUUAUCGACGACGUCGAUCAAGAUCACGAUCAAAUUCACGAGAUCGUUACCGUCGACGUAGUGUAUCACCACGAGAACGUAAACGUUCACGACAUUCAAGCGGUCGACGUGAAUCAAAAUCAGUUUCACGUUCUCGAUCACGAUCACGUUCAUCACCACGACAUAAAUCUUCUGCUAAUACAAACGGACGAAGUCGAUCCCGUGGUUCAAGUGUUAGUGAUCGUCAUAAUAAUGGUGUAGCCGAUUCUUCUUCAGCUACUGGCGUUGAUGCAAAUAAUGCUUAUAACCGAUCACCAAUAGCCGCUGGUGGAGAUUAA